CUUGUCGAUGUCGGGAUUACCAAGCCAAGCCCAAGCCUCGUGCAUGCUCGUGUAGAAUAAACUCCCUUUUCCUGCUUUUAGAGAGGGUUGACUGUGGGCCGUACGUCGUACCGCAGCUGGAUCUAAUGUUCUUCGUGAAAUUGUAUGCAUCUUAUGAUUUCAUGGUAAAAGAUAUUUCCUGCCAUUAUGAACUCACACAAUAACUACCCAAAUAGACAAGGUGAACGUGGAAGGUUCAGCCUAUCUUCUGGCAGCAUUCUUGGUCCACCUCCUAACAUUCAACGGCUAGAUGACUCAAGGUCCAUACGCUCAAGAGUUAUGAACACGUAUCAAACCGGGAAUGCUCCGAACCAGUACCAAACUGGGAAUGCUCCAAACCAGUACCAAAGUGUGAAUGCUCCAAACCAGUACCAAACUGGGAAUGCUCCGAAUAAGUACCAAACUGGGAAUGCUCCGAUGGUCAGUUAUCCUCAGUUGUCCAGUUAUUCUAAUAGAACGAAUGUCGGUGAUGGAGUCACAAGUGGAGCUGGUGACAGAAGACCAUCUAGAUGGGAUAUAGAUGACAAUGCCCAUGACAUGGCUAGAUUGGGAAGCAAUAGGAAUGACAAUAAUUCUCACAGAAAAUCACCAGGAGGUAAAGGAAAUAAAGGAAGGGAUAACCAAGGAAGAGGAAAAUCAAAUUACGACUCAUCAUCUGAUCGGCAACCUUAUAAGAUGGAUUACCAGACUUCAAGCCAAAUUGGACAAGUCUCUUCCAAACCUGACCUUUUCUCUCUGUCAAGAGAUACACCCAGGGAUAUGCCAAGGGACAUACCCAGAGACAUACCCAGAGACAUAUCCAGGGAUAUAAUUAGGGACAUACCCAGGGAUAUGCCCGAGGACCCAAGGCAAAGGGAGGAUGUGUCAAGAGCAGACUUUGACUUUGGCGGAAAAUCCAAUCAGAUGAGCCCUGAUGUAACAACUGAAUACACUGAAAAUCUGGCAGCCAAGGUUCAGAUGCAGAAGGCAUUCUUGCAAGAACAAGCUUUGCUCCUUGAGAUGGAGCGUAAUAAGAUAAUGAUGGAAAAGCAGCUAGACAUGAGGCGCCAUUUAGAAGAAUCCAGACACGACAUUCAGUGGAUGAGUGGAAGCAGAGGACAAGAUGGAGAAGGAGGUAGAGGACUUGGUGGUGGAGGGGGUGGUAGAGGGUUACCAGGCUUUGGAGGAGGCAUAGGACAAGGUGGUGGUGGAGGCAGAGGACAGGGCGGUGGAGAAUUCAUUGGACAGCAGGGCUUUGGAGGAGGCAGAGGGCAACAAGGCUUUGGGGGAGGCAAAGCACAAGGCGGUGGUGGAAGAAAAAGGCAGGGCCGUGGAGGAAAAGGACAACAGGGCUUUGGAGGAGGCAGAGGACAAGGCAGUGGUGGUGGAAGAGGACAGGGCGGUGGAGGAGGCAGAGGGCAGCAGGGCUUUGGAGGAGGAAAAGGACUGGGUGGUGGAGGAGGAAAAGGACAAGGCAGAGGAGGCUUUGGGGGAGGCAAAGGACAGGGCGGUGGCGGAGGAAAAGGACAAGGCGGUGGAGGAGGCAGAGGCCAACCAGGCAUUGGUGGAGGCAGAGGACAGUUCAGUGGUGGAGGACAAGGUGGAGGAGGCAAGGGCCAACAGGGUGGUGGUAGAAAAGGCAGGCGCCAGUCAGGAGGAGACCAAGGUGGAAGAAACUUUGGUGGGGCACAAAGACAGCAGAUGCAUGGUCGUGGAAGACAAGGGGGUUCCCAAGACCGGUCUCAAGACAGAAAUAAUGGUGAAAAGCAACAAGGCCAGAAGCGCAAGAUGGACUCACCAGGAAACAGUGGAAAUAAGAAUCAAAUAGCAGGAGGACCACAAAAUAUUCCCCCUUUGAUGUCUCCAAACCAACCAGCAAUGAAACGGAUGGCCGUUGGACAAAAUACGCCUGGAGAUAAGGCUGGAGAUAGAGGUCAAGCCCCUGGAAAUAAAAAAAGAAAGCGCCGCAAAGCUAAGAGACAAUCAUCGUCAGGCCCUGGGUUUAGCCCAAAAGGAGGGAAUGGGUCAAAUGCUGCUGCUAAGGGUGGCCUUGCAGGUUCUAUUCAUGGAGGGAAUACCAACAAGCAGGUUAAUAGUGGUGGCAACAAAGGUGGAAAACCAAACAAAUCGGGAGAUGCUGGUGUAAGCAAAGCAGAAGGGGAAUCUGCAACUGCUAAACCUUCAGACAAGACUGGUCAGUCCUUGACCAAAAAGUCUGACCAGGCUCAGAAAUCGCCUUGUACAACCAAGGCUGAUUCUGCAGCCACUGCUGAUUCCCAAACCAAAUCUGGACCAGCAUCCAAGUCAGUUCCAGAAGACCAAGUGGAAGAAUUAACCGUUUACAAUCCGAACGUCUCUGUGGGUGUACGACAUGUGGUUCCUGUUACUGGAUUCUUCUGCAAGCUGUGCCGUCGAUUCUACACCAAUGAGGCCAGCGCCUGGGUGACCCACUGUAGAACAGAGCCUCACUUCAAUGUAGUCAAGGAAUUUAACAGGCUUGAAGAAGAGAAAAAAGCUGCAAGGGAGGCCAAGGCCGCAGAGGAAGCAAAGGCUGCUGAAGAAGCUAAGGCUGCUGAAGAAGCUAAGGCUGCUGAAGAAGCUAAGGCUGCUGAGGAAGCAAAGGCAGCUGAGGAAGCAAGGGCGGCUGAGGAAGCAAAGGCCGCUGAGGAAGCAAAGGCCGCUGAGGAAGCGAAGGCCGCUGAAGAGGCAAAGGCAAAUGAAGAGACCAAAGCUACUGAAGAACAAACUGCCAGCAUGGAAACCAAAACUGGUGAUGAAUCCAAGGUCACUGAAGAAACCCAAGAGGAUGACAAGGAGUUUGAUGAAGAGGAGCAAAUGGAUGUAUCUACCAAAAAUGCCAACAUGGAAACCAAUACUGGUGAGGAAUCCAAGGUCACUGAAGAAACCCAGGAGGAUAACAAGGAGUUUGAUGAAGAGGAGCAAAUGGAUGCAUCUACCAGCCAAGAUAUAGACCAAUCCACAGGUCAGCUUAGUCAAGAAGAUGCUAAACCUGAAAUGACGUCUCAAGAAGAAGGGACGGAGGAAGUCAAGGACAAAGAAGAAGGAGCAGCAGAGGAAGGAGAAGGGCAGGAGGUGACAGAUGUAGUGGGUGGAGAUACUGAGGAAAAAGAAGAAGAAGGCAUCGAAGACGGUGUGAAAGCUGAUGAUGAUGAUGAUGUGGAAGAGGCUGAGGGGGAGUUUGAAGAAGAGGUGGUAAUUGCAGAAGGAGCGCCGGAGGGGAAGAAGGUGACUCCUAGGAGGGGUGGUAGGAGAGGACGUGGACGUGGGAGAAGACGUUAGAGAGUUUUCGCAGGUCAAUGUGGAAAACUCUCUUUCUGAAGUCCAGCCAGGGACAGAUUCUCAAUGAAUCAUUGUGAGGGAAGGAGAGUAUGUUGAGGCAUGUCAUGCUUAUGUAUACAUAGAUAUAAAGAAUUUAGUUACAGAAGAGAUGCGUUACAUGAGUGGGUGAAGGGGGCUUGUGAGAGGGGAUUGGAAUGUAGUGAAAGAUCUUUGGAAAAGAUGUUGCUGAGAGCAAGAGACAUGUGAUUACAUUGUUACCAGGGGGUGGGGUAGUUUACGGGGACUUGGGUAUAAUGAGUACAAGAACAAAACCUCUACCCAGGGAUUUUCCGACGGAUGAGAAUGUACUUGUAGAAGAGUGCCUAAAACAGGUGAACGUUGUUAUGUACAUAUUUCAAAGUGAUUACAGCUUUGGAAUUAUUUUUUUCUUGUGAUUAAAAACUUGUCCAUGAAACAUGAACUUUACAGUUGUCAAAAUAGGAUGGAUAACAAUUGUCUCCAUAUUACUAGAUCAUCUGUUUUACAUAAGCAAAUCAUGUACAUGUAGGUGCAAACAGUAGUGUUAUCAAGGUAGACAAGGGGUACUUACCCCAGAUGCCACAUUCACCCAUUUUCGGGAUGGCACCCACCUUUGUUUAAGAAGAAGCUAUAAAGUUUUGAAGGAAUGAUAUUUCAUUCUGCACCAAGUGCUAUGCUUGUUAAAUUUUUCACAGGGUGCAAUACAGGAUUGAACAUUUCCUAAUUUACUAGAUACCAAUGCAAUUUUACUUCUUACCCUUGAUAUUUAGGGACACAUGAUAUGGAUUUAUUGAUAAGGAAUAAUGCAGCAAAUCAAACAUAAAUUAUACAUUACUAUUAAAAAAAUAUACAGGCUUCUGCCUAAUUUUGGUAUGAUAUUUGUUGGCUUUACUGCUGAAAUCACCGUUUUCUCUGAAUCAAAAUAUUUUGAAGAACCUUCAAGUAGAUGAAUAUUCAUUAUGGAAUUACCAGAGUAGCAUAGAAAUUGACUUGUUUUGAAUAUGUAAAUGUAUCUAGUUUUUAUUUUAACAUUAGUGUACCGGUAUAUGUUUUUUUCCCCUUUGUUUUUGUACAUUUUUUUAAAUAGAAAGUGAUAAGAAGGGAUUAAGAUUCACUUGCUUUUGGUUCUGAAGAGCGUUGGCAUUUGCCUUCACUUUCGAUCUAGGCUCUGACAUUCAAAUCAAGAUGCAUGCUGUAUGAAAGUCAUAUGGGCAUCACUUUUCAUGUGAAAUUUGAACCAUUUGGAUGCCUGAUAAGUAGAGUGUGGGAGAGAUAUGUGACCAACAUGACAUUGUAUAUUACCUAGUAUAUUUCUCAUCUCAAUGGCCUUACAGUCGCCAAAGGUACAUUUGCUUUUUCAAAGGAUUCUCUAUAGCGGGUAUUUCCCACGCUGUUCACAAAGUCUUUGGUCACUUCCCAUUUUAGCUGACACCCAUAUGACUGUAAUAUAAAGUGCCAUGAUUCAAGAACAGGAUAUAUUCUGCAUUCAUAGUUGGGUGUUUUGUAGCAUUAAAUGGUCUUAUCGUUUUUCUGCAAAGUGUAUACAGCAUGCCAUCUAUUAUCAUAUAUGUCUUUUAUUUUUACAUGUUGACCUUUGUGUAUAAUUUUAACUUUUCACAAUUUCAUGUACUAAAGUAGUUUUUAUUGUGCUUUAUCAGAAGUGUUAAACAAUUAUCAUUUUUGCUAAAUUUUAUUAACAGGAGUAUACUGAGAUUAUGUUCAUGAUGUAAGAGGGUCUUUUUAUGCCUUCUCAUCAUGUUACAAUGAUGUUUUAAAACAAAAUCUUCCAAAUUUUAAAAUAUUUCUAGAAUCAAUUUUUUAUUUCAUUUUUUCCAAGUAAAUUAUCAUUUUAUUUGAAAUGCAGGAAAUUCCAAUGAUUCUCUUGGUCAUUCUUAGAGAUAAAUUUAUUGUCAUUUGAAAUUCAAGUAAUGUUGCCAUUGUGACUAAAUUUGUCCUUUUGUAAAUGCAUCCCCAUAGAAACAUAAAAACUUCAGAAAAUGCAAAUAGUUGGUUGAUGAUAGAUUGUAAGAUUGGUGUUUAGAUACAAUUGUAAAUGUACAUAGACCUGUUGUUUCUAUCAAUUAAUUUUUUCACAAGAUUGUGUGUUCUCACAGAACUUCUGUAGUAGACAAAUAUAGCAUUCUAGAAAUUUAAGCUUUUAUUAUCAUGAUUAUUCUUGAUACAAAUGAGCUAUUGAAUUUUCUCAUUUAAACAAGUGAAUUGAUUAGAAAUUCAUUCAUGAUAGACUUUACUAAGUAAUUAAUUAAUUUGUUAAGUGAUUAUAUCUUGCAUUGUAAGCCCAAAUUUGUGAUAACUUUGUUAUUUGUUAAUAAACCACUGUGAAUUUGUCUGAGCCAGA